GCAGGGGCGGACUGACCAUUUGGAAACUCGGGCACUGCCCAAGGGCCCGGGGUCAGUAGGGAGCCCCAUGAGAUGCCCCUGGUACCUUUUUCAUAGGCUUUUUUGAGUUUGGGCAAGGACACAGGGGCCCCAUAAUCCCCUAUUGCCCGGGGGCCCCAUGAGUUGUCAGUCCGCCCCUGGUCACUGGGAUAUGAUGUAUGGCCUACCUCCCAACCAGGGGCGGACUGACCAUUUGGAAACUCGGGCACUGCUCGAGGGCCCGGGGUCAGUAGGGGGCCCCAUGAGAUGCCCCUGGUACCUUUUUCAUAGGCUUUUUUGAGUUUGGGCAAGGACACAGGGGCCCCAUGUUCCCCUAUUGCCCGGCCCCCCAU